CCUUAGGGGAAGUUGCGUCGGGGCCUCCGGGGCAGCGGUGGGCCCGCCCACCUGAAGAUCUCACCGCAGCCAUGAGCAGUAGGGAAUGCUUCAAGUGUAGACGCUCUGGCCACUGGGCCCGGGGAUGCCCUAAAAGAGGAGGAGCUCGAGGGCGUGGAGCUAGAGGCCGUGGCCAAGAUGCUCAGUGCAGUUCCACCACCCUACCUGUCAUCUGUUACCGCUGCGGUGAGUCUGGUCAUCAUGCUAAGAACUGUGACCUUCUCGAGGACAUCUGCUACAACUGUGGGAGAGGUGGCCACAUCGCCAAAGACUGUGUCGAGCCUAAGCAAGAGAGAGAGCAGUGCUGUUACACCUGUGGUAGACCAGGCCAUCUGGCUCGUGAUUGUGAUCGUAAGCAGAAGCAGAAGUGCUACACCUGCGGCGAAUAUGGCCACAUUCAGAAAGACUGCUCCCAAGUCAAGUGCUACCGUUGUGGCGAGACCGGCCAUGUGGCCAUCAACUGCAGCAAGGCGAGCGAGGUCAACUGCUACCGCUGUGGCGAAUCCGGUCAUCUAGCCCGGGAAUGCCCCACUGAGGCUACCGCUUAGUUUUCCCUUUUGCUCCCCACCUCCCAGCACUCAUUUUCCUGCUUGAUAAUUGUAUUAUUUUCUCUGAAACCUCUGACCAAAGGUUGAUAGAUUGAGGCUACUCCCAGGCCAGUGAGCUUUAAUUACCAUGUUAAAAGAGGAAAAGGCUGGGGAAAAAAAUCUC